AUGCACGAACAGAGACCGAUAAUCAUCAUCACGAUGUUGUAUAUAUUGUUGGCAAUUUUAAUUUAUUUUAUUCAUUUAUAUUUAAAAAGUAAGCAUUCAAUAUGGCGUAAAAGAGGUGUAAGUGGGCCCGAACCGAUACCUAUAUUUGGUAACUUUGCUGCUAUAACUUUUACGCUUGAGACAUUUCCUGAUUUUAUUUGGAAAAUUUACAAACAGUAUCCAGAGGAAAAAGUUGUCGGUUUAUACCAAGGUUAUCAGCCUAUACUCCUUCUGAAAGACCCGGAAAUUAUAAAGCAAAUUCUGAUAAAGGAUUUUCAAAUAUUUAGAAACAGAGGCCUUACACCGUCCAGGGGUAAAAUCAAUGAGAAUUUGUUUGUUGUCAAAGAUGAUACUUGGAAAGUGCUGAGACAAAACUUGACACCAGUAUUUACAUCCAAGAAAAUAAAAGGUAUGUGUCCAUCUAUACAGAAAUGUGCCGAAAACUACGUUGAUGCUGUAUUGAAAUUGACACAUAAACAAAGUGAACAGGAAAUGAAACAGCUAUCAGAAAAGGGAGAAAAUGGAGUAUUUGAAGUAGAAGUAGACAAAGAACUGUUACUCGCUCAGGCAACAAUAUUUUACUUUGCUGGCGUAGAACCAACCUCUUGGCUGAUUUCAUAUAUCUUUCACGAAUUAUCUCUAAAUCAAAACAUACAAAAUCGUCUUUAUGGAGAAAUAUGUAAAGUGUCUACGAAAUAUAAGGGCAAACUUACAUACGACGCCAUCAAUGAAAUGACUUAUUUAGACAUGGUUGUAAACGAAACCUUGAGAAAAUACCCUAUUGCCACAACUAUUUUUCGUAAAUGUGAAGCUGAUUAUCAAAUACCUGGAACUAAAACAGUUAUACCCAAAGGUGCGAGUAUUCUUGUUUCUAUUGGUGCAUUGCAAAAUGAUCCAAAAUUUAUAAAAAAUCCAGAAAUUUUCAAUCCUGAAAACUUUGCUCCUGAAAAUAAAAACAAUAUUCUACGUGAUAUCGAUAUGUCAUUUGGAGAUGGACCGCGAAACUGUAUAGGUAUGCGAUUUGCUAUCAUCAUGACAAAAAUCGGGGUAGCAGAGUUCGUCAAGACGUUCAAAUUGAGCCCGUCUCCUAAAACUAAGCUGGAAUUCAACAUCGAAGAUUAUUCUUUACUUUAUUCCUCUAAAGAUGGCGUAUGGCUACACGCGAAACGUCGUUAAUAUGUCAAUUUUAACCAAGAUAA